AUGUUUGGAGGCGAAGGAAUCUACUGGAUCCGGAACAAGUCACUGUCGAGCAAGUUUAUUGAUAUCGGUAACAACCCCUAUGUUCAUGGCAGCGAACGCGGUUCCAAGCCGAUUGGGCUUUUAAGCCCCAAAUUGACUCGUCCGCAGCUCUGGCUUGUAGAGCAAGUUCAGGAUGGCGAGUCCUUCAUCUUCCGUAACUAUGAUACGGGUACCGUGCUGGAUAUCCAAGACGAAAGCCCCAACAAUGGUGCCUCUGUAAUUGUUAAGUCGUACGCGUACACCGGUGAGAGGGCGAGCUCCCAGCAUUGGCAAGUCGUCUGGGUCAGCGACGACAACAAGAUUCCCUACUACCGUAUCACCAACCGGAAGACUGGGACUGUCCUGGACCAAACCACGGAUGGGGGCGGGUUUCCUAUAAAAUCCUGGCAAUUCCACGGCGGUCAGCAUCAACUCUGGUGCUUUGAACGCGCUACCUUCCCAACCAUGUAUUGGCUUGUUAACAUCUCCUCGCAACUGUGCCUUCAGUACAAUGCUAGUACCAACCACGACGCCUCCCUGAAUUCCAAGACCAAUUUUCCGUCUCGAGACCAACUUUGGUAUCUGGAGAGCUUGGAAGACUAUGACGGUUAUUGCAGGAUUCGUCACGUGGAUUUGGAAGAUCGAGUCCUUGAUCUUUCUGGUGAUGAUAACACGACUAUCAAACAAUUCUGCGUCCUCUAUGCCAACAAGAGACGAGAAGUGUGGUAUCCGCGUGGUGCAACUGAUGCAGCGACUUUCGGUGGUCAUUACCAAUGGCUCCUCGUUCCCUGCCCUAUACCCUCUCUCUUUUGGACCGCUGUGCAAUGUAGGGGUUCGGGGAAGUUCGUGGCUCAACCCGGUGGUAGCAUCACGGCUUCCGACGGUGCUCGGGGAGAGGUUGAUUAUACAGUCCAAUGGCGCUUUCUAACACAGGGUCGCAAUCCCUAUUUCACUAUCAUUAAUCGCCAGACAGGCAACUCUCUGUACAAUUCGUCUGGGUCUUCCCUUGCUGCGGACAACAAUCCCAAUUCCAACAAAUAUUACUGGGCCCUUGAUGCUGGUGGGGAAGACUACAGCAUCACCAAUAUAUCCACCUCGAAUGUCAUCACAUGGAAUAAUGGUAACAUUCAAGCGCUCCCUGGCGGAGCAACAGACGCGAACCGCCAGUGGUUCAUUAAUGCGUCGUUGCAAUCAGUACCAUCGUUCGCUCUCAUCAACGGGAGAACAGGAAUGGCGCCCACCCACGUUCCCCGUGAACCUGUCAUGACGGACGGAGCUUUCAACUCCUACCGAUGCCACUGGAUCUUCCAGCAAGUCGGAACUGACGCGAAUGACCGACAAGUCUACAUUAUCAUCAACAAAUUGUCCGACAAUGUACUGUCCCACCGGAAUGGAGCGAUUGAGGCUGUCGACAACGUUCCCACUGACACCCGUAAUCAGUGGAGGCCAGUACCUUGCCACAAGCGAUACUUCGCUUUCGUCAAUGUCUCCACUGGCGAAUAUCUCAGUGAUCCAGGAACAACUGGUUCCCGUGAUCCUAAUGACUUCAUGACGGACGAAGAUCGCCGAUGCUGCUGGACCCUCGUGUCCCAUCGGGAUUCUAUCUACGACACGAUCGCCCUUGAUACUGACAUUACGAGCCCGCGCCUGGGCUCUCACCAUAUUGUCAAGAGGGCCCCGAAAAAGACUCCUAAGGGGAAGGGCAAUGCCAAGGCCCAACCUUCCCACAUCCCUGACAAUCCUCGGAUCACCCAAGUGACUAAUCGUGUCCUCCGAGUCAUUGUCGAGCGCCUCAUUGGUCAGUUGGAUUUCGAUAGAAUCAAUGAUCAGCCCGCACGUACUCUAGCAUCGACUUUGCGAACUGAGGUUGUGAGAGAUUGGCGUAUUGAUGUCCCCCGAUCGAUUCAGGCUGGAUGGGAGCGUCCGGGCUGGGUUCGUAUUGACCUCCAAGGGACCUAUCACGACCAAAAUGGGGUCAGGGUAGCAAAUAUUCAAGGACAAUGGAAUGACGACACAAUAUUCCACGUCAUCGUUCCAGUUGGUGUCGACUUCGGUCGUGAGACAAUUCGUCGCGCUAUGAUCGAAAGUCUUCAAACGGCGACCUCUGUGCGGCUCGACGCCCCUGAUAACGCUACUCCCAGUGGUUCCAGGACACGGCCUACCACGACGCGGAGACCUCCUGGUCCUGGUGCACCUCCUGCAGGUCAAUUUUGGGCAGCCACUGCGAUCCAGAUUGUCGGACUUGGAUUGAUGUCUCUUCUCUUGUUGUGA